CAUCAGAUUCAUUUUGUGCUUCAGUUCACAAUCGGGUAUUCUAGCAGUGUUCUGACUGAUACUUUUCUCUAGUACUUUUCUCCGUGAAGCCAGCCUAAUUUUCUCAAGUAAAAUGCAAGAUUAACUUUACAUUGAAUAUAAGGAAAUGCAGCUGGCUACAUUAUUUCUAUGAUUAACAUUAGAAAUAUGAUGGCCAGGCAUCAUUUUUACUUGUGUGGCUGUCAGCCAAAUAGCGUUGCACUUCUGUUGUCAUCUGUUGAAAAUGAAGCUAUUUUCUGCCGAAUGUGUUGCACUAAUGUAUUUUCUGUGAAGGAAAACUAUAGUUGCACGUCCCUGAUACUCUAUUGAAGAAAAACAACACUGUUGGUUUAUAAUUUAAAACGCAACCGCUGUCAUUACACAUCGGGAUUUACCUGCUCCCGCUUUCUCUCUUUUUGCUAUUUACAAACACACACUUGACUGGCUCAACUGUUCCGGGGAAAUAAGGUGUAUUACUCCCUGUCCACUCUGCGGCGGAUCCAAGAGAGAGCACCGGAGGGGAGAGCGAGGGGCGCUGGGACACAUAGUCACGUUGCUUCCACUCUGCACCUGCUGCAUCAUGGGUAACGUCGCUGGCAAGGACGACCAUGGCCCUACAGGUUCCCUGCAUGAACGAUCUCAUUUAGAUCUGUUCCACACUCCUCCCUCCUCCCCCUCUGAUUCUGACCUGGCUGCAGCUCUGGCCUUGGCUCCAGCCGCGGCUCAGCUGCUGCAGCAGGGGACACCGUCCUCUGGGGCUACCGGAGGUAUCGUCUGCCAGGGUGGAGCUUCCCCCUCCAACAACUCCAAUUGGAGCCACACGCUGUCUGUCCCACCAGAAUGGGCUGUGAUUAGCCUAGAGAGUGGUGCAUCGACGCAGGGAACAGGGGUGGAAAUGGACGGUGAAAGGCGACCGGGGAGGUGCUCCAGCAGCCACAACAACCACAGCGGCAGCAGCCCUGUGUCCCCAGCCCAAGAGUCUCCGUCGGAUCGUAGCCCUUUGGAGCAGAGCUGGCAGGACCGGGACAGUGGGCUGGAGCCCCAGGCAGGGCCGGAGAGGGCUAGGGAGGAGAUGGCCCUGGCUCUGCUGAACCUGCUGGAACGUCACAGGUCCACACUGGGGCUCAGUCCCGGCCUGGACGCGCCAGCAGGAGCAGCCGAGCUGCUGAGGCGGUUGAUGGUGGAGAGAGAAGUGCUGGUCAAGGAUGUGCGCAGCCUGAAGGACACACUGAGGACUGAGCGAGCUGAGUGGCACCAGUUCCAGUGCGAUCUGCAGGUGGCAGUGUCUGUGGCCGACCGGCUGCGCACUGAGGCGGAGGAGACUCUGGGCACACUCAGAGAGAGCCACGGGGAACUGGAGGGCCAACUGGCCCAGGCCCACUGCAGACAGCAGGACACAGACAGGGAACUGGAGAGCCUGAGUGCUGAACACGGAGAGGCCUGUCACAGACUGUCUGCUCUCACCCUGGAGCACCAACGUACCAAGGCUGAGCUGGAGACACUGAGACGCAUGCAGACAGAGAGAGGGAAGGACUCACACAGUCCUAGAGAGAUGGAGGGAAGAGACACAGAAGAGAGGCCGGCUGGUGAAGACACUGGUGAAGACAUAAAUGCGGUGGAGGCGCUGGAUGGGGAGGAAAGAGAGGAUUCAGAAAGGGAAGUGGAAGGAGAGAAAAUAAUAAAUAGUGAGGGAGUGGAUGUUAAGAUGGGAGGGCAGUCUCCUGAGGAGCUUGUUAGUGGAGGGGAGAACCUGCCCAAAGGGAAGGGGGUGGCGGAGACGUACCUACGGAAUUUGGUUGCAGCUGGAGAGAAGGGGUGCGGCUUAAGAGAUCCACGGAGGAUCGUGAUGAUGUCAGAGCGUUCCAGGAGCCUCUCUCGACUUCCCCUGCCCACGGACUCUCUCCCUGCACAGAAGGGUAGCUCCCAGACCACCACUAGUACAACACUGCCUCUAUGCAAGAAAGAAGAGCCAGCCAAAGGGAGAAGGAUGGACCGCAUACUGCAAACACAGGACACCUGGUCCAGCUUCUAUACAACAGAAAAACAGGAGGAGGACCAGAAUGCAGACCCACCGUCCUCGUUCAGACCUCAGGAUGGUUUCAGCAUGCUGCUGCGACGUCAUGGAGGCUCCAGGCGGAACUCACUCCUGCGCUGGUGUCAAAGCCGCACCCAGGGCUACAAGAAUAUUGAGAUCACCAACUUCAGCAGCAGCUGGGAGGACGGUCUGGCUUUUUGUGCUGUGUACCACACCUAUCUACCCACACACAUACCAUACAGCAGUCUCAGCCCAGGAGACAAGAGUGAGAACCUGGGUCUUGCCUUCCAGACUGGGGGAAGUGUAGGAAUCGCAUCCACACUGACUGUGGAAGAGAUGCUGAGACCAGGUGGGCCCGACUGGCAGAGGGUCCUGGGGUACGUUGAAAGCAUGUUUCGUCACUUCGAGAUGUAAGGUCAUUUUCCUUCUGGCUUCCCUCCCAAACUUGACAUCUAACUGGUCUGCCACCACCAGUCUGGUUCCUUUUCUUGCAUCAUGAACUGAACUGAGACAGCUGAUUGGCCGAAUUGACUGACGCACCACUAGGGAUUGUAGGACAACUGUUGGAAAUGAUUUCUACUUCAGCUUCACUCUCCGUGUGGACACCUGCUGUCGGCCAUUGGUUGUAGGUGCACUGUGGAUGGAAGUGAGGGUUUUAGGCUGAGCGCUGUUCUUUUGUUAAAUUUCACGGUGAUUGCACUGAAUAUGAGAAGGCAUUGGAAAUGAGAACACAAGCAGCACCAUAAAUGAGUAAAUUGUGGAUGUGACUAUCUGAGGACUACAGUAUAUUCUAGACAAAUUGCACCAGGAAAAUGUAUCAGACUUCAAGUUUAUCACUUUGGGUGUGACUGUUCUUUGUUGCACUUAUUCUAAGGCCUUUUUAUUUAAGCACUUUAUCAACAAUAGGGAAUCAGUUUUUAACUGAAAGAUUUUUAUUUUGUGGACUCUGCCAUGUUUCACAUUCUUUAUCAGACUUUAUUUGCUUAGAAAUGUUGGGAUAUUUAUGUAGCCAUAAGUAGUAUUCUAAUGUCUAUGAACCUCAACUCAAAGCACAAAGAGGAGCCAGAUGACUUGAAUGAGUUCAUUUAGUGGCGCUGCAUCACAACCGGGAUCAACCAAGAGUGACUGCCUUUUGAGGAAAUGUAUAUACAGAACUGUCUAAUUAAGCAAUAAGGCCCGAGGGGGUGUGGUAUGGCCAAUAUACCAUUGCUAAGGGCUGUUCUUAGGCACAACGCAAUGCGGAGUGCUAGGACACAGCCCUUCGCUGUGGUAUAUUGGCCAUAUAUCACAAACCCCUGAGGGGCCUUAUAGCUAUUAUAAACUGGUUACAAAUGUAAUUAGAGCAGUAAAAAUAAAUGUUUUGUCAUACCUGUGGUAUACUGUCUGAUAUACCAUGGCAUUCAGGGUUCGAACCACCCAGUUUAUAUAAUUAGUUAUAUUUUGAAUCUACUAUUGGUUUUAAAAUAUUUUUAAGUCCAUGUUUUAAAUGUAGAAUGAAAACAAGUGCCAUAGGUUGGACUAAUGAACAGAGGGGUAUUUCUCCAGUUAUGGUAAUGGAUUGUCUGUUGCUUCUAUAAAUCAGACAAAACCUCAAUGUGGCCAUAAGGACUGAAUCCUACAAUGUUUGUCUUUUUAUGAAGGAGAGAUGUACAGUAUGUGCAAAGUAUAAAUUGAGGCAUGUGCCACUCCCCGAAGAGUUUUACUGUGAAUGAUAACAGAAACAGUUGCCAAAGUCUUACUGCAAUAAUAAAGUUGUUAAUCUGCUUGGUGUGUUGCUGUAUUCACUUUAAAAAAAUAAAAUUUGAACAUCUG